GUGUGUUAGCGUCUCCUGUUCCUAUCAGAUGGCCUCAGACGAGAGGGAGGAAGUCCCUAAGAAGCUGGAGGAGAUGUCAGUGGGGUUUAUAGGCGCGGGGCGGAUGGCUCAAGCCCUGUGCAGGGGGUUUAUUAACACAGGUUUGAUCAAGUCCAGUAGUGUCAUUGCCAGUGACUUAGAUUCCAACAUGUUAAACUAUAUUGGGGAGCUGGGUGUGAAGACAACCAAGAACAACAAGGAAGUGGUCCAAAACUGUGAUCUCAUUGUCAUUGCCGUCAAGCCCCACAUCGUAACCCCAAUACUGAAGGAAGUCUCCCAUCUUGUCUCACGCAGGAACUUGUUUGUUUCCAUAGCAGCAGGGGUGACACUGGACACCAUUGAAAAUUACUUGCCGCCCAAGACACGCGUGAUACGUGUGAUGCCAAACACGCCAGCACUGAUCCAGACAGGUGCCUCCGUGUUUGCACCAGGUAAACAUGCACUGGACAACGACAGUGAUGUCGUGGCCACUCUACUGUCCAGUAUAGGCAUUUGUGCCGAGACGUCCGAACAAAUGAUGGACGCAGUGACCGGUUUGAGCGGCAGUGGACCCGCAUAUGGGUACAUGGCAAUAGAAUCAAUGGCCGAUGGAGGGGUCAAGAUGGGCCUGCCCAGAGACCUGGCUGUAAAACUUGCCGCUCAGACACUUAUGGGUGCUGCUAAGAUGGUGCUGGAUACAGGCAAACAUCCAGGUCAACUGAAGGAUGAAGUCUGCUCACCAGGGGGCACCACGAUAGCAGCAGUCCACUCGCUUGAGAAGUCGGGAUUCCGUGCCUCUCUCAUUGCUGCUGUGGAAGCAGCAACUGAACGAUCCAAAGAACUUGGGCGUAAGGAAGAAGAGGGAUCGUCACGGCAACAGAAAAGGAUAUGACACGCAGAAACAACUGCUGCUGCUGCUGCCAUCUUUUGGAAUUUUCAGUUACUAUUUUAAGUUGAUACAUUGAAACAUUUGUUUUAUGUAUUUGUUAGUUUGAAAUAAUAUAUAUAUAUAUGUAACGGCUUUCAGCGAGUGACCAUGUCACUUUAUUUGGCACAGCUCUCAUAUGCCAUGAGUAGUAAACAACUUUUUUGUUAACAGCUUGCUUUAAAAACCAGGUUUAAAUAAUGUUUUUAUUUACUUUGAAGAAAAGUUUCCUUGGUGUUUUUAACGUAGCAACAUAAACCCUGUUAAUUGUCAAGUUUUAAUAUCAUCAUAGUAUUUCUAUAAAAUGUCAGGGUGCUUUAUGCAGGAAGGUGCAAAAAGAAGCAUUUAUUUGAGACAAGCCAGUGUGUCCCAGACUGUUUAAAGGGAACAGCGGCCGUUAGAACAUGCAACAUGGUGUGGCUUUGUUGUCAUAACGUGUACAUUUGAGUGCGAGUUGCUCUGGAAUCCAGGAUUAAUAUGUUAUCUCCUCAGCUUCUGAAGUCAUUCAUGCACUACUUGGGUUCAUGUAUGAGAGUCAGACUUAAUAUAACAUUUGUUUAGUUAACAUCUUUGUAAUUUGCUGUAUAAUCAACUAUACCAGGGAACACAGAGUACUUAUAGGGACCAUCAUUGGGGACUUUCUUGCCAACAGGUGUCAUUUUCAGUGUUUUACAUUAAAAGUUGUUACUUGAAGUGAGGUGCAUCUUGAACAAUUUAACAAUUUCUUUUUUUUCCUCAAAAGUUUGGAAACAAAUUUGGGCAUGUAUCACACGGAAACAAAUUUGGGCAUGUAUCCCACUAUGUCCAACCAGUGGCAGUAGUUGUUUUUGAAGAAUAUUUGUAAAACCAACCCCUCUUUGUUUGUCAAACACUGAUCAUAACGUUGUUUGGAUUGUGGGGUGUGCAGUAUGUAAAGAAGGCAGACAAAGUGAUGUUUCUGCAAUAAUUUAAUUUAGGGUCUGCUACCAAUGUUUUAAUCAAGUCAUUCAAAAAUUAUCAAAAUAAUAAACAACCCAAAUGCCACAUUUAAAUGUGUAAAAAGUAAAAUAAUUUUAAAUAAAUCUGUAAAAUGGUCAAGAUUGCACUCAAUGUUCCAGGGCAACCUGUUGAUGAUGUUUAUUUUCAAAUGAGUUCAACUCUCACUAGAAGAUCAGUAUUUUUCAAAGAUGGAUGAGAUGAUAGAGGUCUUAUUGUUAAUACACAUUGAUCUCUGGUGAUUUGAUAUAUUAGAAGUUGCUUGGUAAUCCUCUGGCUAUGUUGAUCCACAUAUAACAUCUUCAAAUGAGGUGAUUUGCUCUUAUUAAGAGGUAUAUGUUUAUCAAAUAAAAUAUAUGUAAAAUAAAAGAAAGUUAUUAUGUUAAA